AUGAUAAUUUUGUUGUUUUCAAAAAAAAUACCUCAUUCUCUGAAACUCCCCAGCUAGGCAAGGUUAUUCAAAAUGGUAGGUAGUGAAAGAAGAGUGUGGCAAUAAAGGGGUUAAUCUGCAGAACACAGAGCCAUCUGGCUGAGCUGGUUUGUUAUAAUCGAGCAGAUUAUGUUCACGGGACUCAGAGUUUAAGGCUCCUCUCCCAUAGAGCAACUCUGCACAACCCAAGCAGACCAACUUUGUGACUUUGAAUGAACAUAUUUACAUCCACCUUUCUCUUCAUGUCGACUUUUCUGGAAACAUUCAGACGGAUGCCAUGGUUACUCCUACCACGAUCUUACAGGUGAACAAGGUGAUGUCCAUCUUGUUUUAUGUGAUAUUUCUUUCUUAUCUUCGUGGCAUCCAGUCUACCAACAUGGAUCAAAGGAGUUUGCCAGAAGAUUCAAUAAAUUCUCUCAUUAUAAAACUCAUUCAGGCAGACAUUUUGAAAAACAAGCUUUCUAAACAGAUCGUAGAUAUAAAGGAAAAUUAUCAAAACACAGUGAAGAAAAUAGAGGCUCAGCAGGACGUGGAUGGAGAUGAAAAUGUGAAAUCUGACUUCCAACCAGUUAUCUCAAUGGAUACAGAUCUCCUAAGGCAGCAGAGACGCUACAACUCUCCCCGAGUCCUCUUGAGUGACAACACACCGCUGGAACCACCACCACUGUACCUCAUGGAGGAUUAUAUUGGAAAUUCAGUGGUGGUGAACAGAACCUCUCGGAGGAAAAGAUAUGCAGAGCACAAGAGCCACCGAGGGGAAUAUUCCGUUUGUGACAGUGAAAGCUUAUGGGUCACGGACAAAUCAUCUGCUAUUGACAUUAGAGGACACCAGGUAACUGUGCUGGGAGAAAUUAAAACAGGCAACUCUCCAGUUAAGCAAUACUUUUAUGAAACAAGGUGUAAAGAAGCCAAGCCUGUUAAAAAUGGCUGCCGAGGCAUUGAUGACAAGCACUGGAACUCUCAAUGCAAGACAUCCCAAACAUAUGUUAGGGCACUGACUUCAGAAAACAAUAAACUUGUAGGCUGGAGGUGGAUAAGAAUAGACACCUCCUGUGUGUGCGCCUUGUCAAGAAAAAUAGGAAGACCAUAGAUCUGCAACUCUUUGAUAUAUAAAUUAUUACUUUAAAUUAUAUGAUAUGCAUGUAGCAUAUAAAUGUUUAUAUUGUUUUAUAUAUUAUAAUUUGACCUUAUUUAUUAAACUUCAGCAAAUCUACAGUAUAUAAGCUUUCUCUCCCAAUAAACAAGAGUAAAGGUUGUGUGCCUCUGCUGUGGGCAACUCCGGAUUUUUUAGACUGUUUGUGACACUGCUUGUCGGCAGCAUACCGUAACCUGACUGUAAAUUCUGUGUAAAAUCAGUAUUCUUCAUUCAGUAUUGUCAAGCCAGUGACUGUCAUUUAGUAAACUUGUUAAAAAUCAGAU